AAGGCAUAUUCUAGAAUAACAAAUGUGGUGACCCAUCCUCCAAGUCUCCAACGUAGCUUCAGCGUUGAUUCAUUCAAUUUGCCAUUUAAAUAUUGACACGUAGGGAUAAUUUUUCCCUAAUGGAGUAUUAUUAUUUAUUUAUAUUUAUAGUCAACAUAUCCUACCAUUUCUAGGUUUCUCUGGUAUUUUGAUUCCCAAUUCUCUCUCUAGGGUUUCGCGUGCCGCCUCUGAUAGAACAAUCAUGCCUCGCCGGAGCUCUGGAAGAUCUGCUCCUCGUCCAGCCCCUCGUGCUGCCCCUCGUCCUGCUCCAGCCCCAGUUCACCAUGCUCCUCCACCAGCUCCCAUGCAAAGUAGUGGUGGUGGAUCCAUGCUUGGUGGUAUUGGUUCUACCAUAGCUCAAGGGAUGGCCUUUGGUACUGGAAGUGCUGUGGCACACAGGGCUGUAGAUGCUGUCAUGGGUCCACGUACAAUUCAACAUGAAGCUGUUGCUUCUCAGGCACCUGCUGCUGCUGCUCCAACAACCAGCAGUGCUGGUUCAGAUGCUUGCAGUAUGCACACUAAAGCAUUCCAAGAUUGCAUUAAUAGCUCCGGAAGUGACAUUGGCAAGUGUCAAUUCUACAUGGACAUGUUGUCCGAGUGCAGGAGGAACUCAAUGAUGAAUGCCUAAUCUUUUGUUGGUUGGGUGUUAUUUUAUAAGUUUGAACUUAUUGUUGAAAUAUCGAUGGAAUAUGAUCUAGUUGUGUUGAUUUGGCAAAUGAAUUUGGUUCUUGAUAUACCGUGCCUCCAAUAAAUAUAGGUUGAAGCCUGAAGCAUUGGACUUUUCUA